AUGGAAUGCAACGGAUCAAGAACCGAAGCUUUAGAGGAGCUUCGACUAGAAGAGCCGAUCAACAAGAUCGGCUGUGUGAUAAAUUCGGCUCAAAAGACCGAAGAGGUGGUGAGCAAUGAGAAGGCCGAAAAGGCCAUUAAUGAAAUGACGAAAUCGACUGCUAAAACCGAUUCACAAGAAGUGAUGAAAUCAGCAGGAGAAGCCGAUGAAGAUUUAUCGAAUGUAGCAAACAGGCGAACCAACAAGUUGAACUUAGAAGAAUCGCCUAUAAAAGUAGGUGAAAAGAAAUUGGAGACACAAGAUCCACUAAUCGAGGUGAACUUGGGGUCUGAUGAAGACAAGCGAUCGACUUACAUUAGCGCUAAGCUUUCGGCUCAACAACAGGAGGAGCUGAAAGCAUUGCUGAAGGAGUACAAAUACUGCUUCGCCUGGAGUUAUGAAGAAAUGCCAGGGUUGAGUCGAGAAAUUGUAGAACAUAGGCUACCUAUUAAAAAGGGUUUCAAGCCUUAUAAACAACCGGCUCUACAGAGAGUUCCUACUUCCGAGAUGAAUGUCAUAAUUAAACCGUGGCCUUUUCGCGGUUGGGCCAUGGAUUUGAUUGGAGAAAUUCAGCCGAAUUCCUCGGCUGGUUAUAAGUUUUUUAUAGUGGCCGUAGAUUAUUUUACUAAAUGGGUAGAAGUAAAACCCGCUCGGUUGGUCACUCAGAAAGAAAUCAUUGAUUUUGUUGAAGAUUAUAUAAUUCAUCGUUUUGGAAUUUCCGAGACAAUUACGACCGAUCAAGGAACAAUGUUCACGGGUAGACAGUUCGUUCAGUUCAUCGAAUCUCGGAAGAUAAGACUACUCCAUUCGUCUCCUUAUUACGCUCAAGCGAAUGGACAAGCCGAAGCAGCAAACAAGGUGAUUAUAAACCUUAUGAAGCGGUAUAUUGGAAAAUAUCCAAGAAAAUGGAAUGAAAAACUAUCCGAAGUAUUAUGGGCAUGCCGGACUUCAGUGAAAAUGGCAACCGGGAUGACACCGUUCCAAUUAGUAUACGGCGACGAGGCUGUAGUUCCAGCCGAAAUAACAGUGCCUUCAUUAAGAGUAGAAAAUCAGAAGGAACUAUCGCCUGAUGAAUACAGUGAGUUAAUGAAAGAUGAAAUGGAUAAGCUAUAUGAAACUCGGUUGAUGGCAUUAAAUCAUUUACAAGCUUAUCAAAGCCGAGUGUGUGGUGCAUAUAAUAAAAAAGUGAGAGCUAAAUCCUUUGCAGUUGGUGAUUUAGUUCUUAGGUUAUUAUUCCCCAUCGGUCGAAAAGAUCGAUUAUAUGGUAAAUGGUCUCCAAAUUGGGAAGGACCAUUUCAGAUAAGUAAAAUAAAGGAAAUACAUAUUACUUGA